ACUUUUGUUCAAACUCCAUAUGGAGAAGGAAGAAAAGAGACCCGUUGAGGACCCAGCAAGAGCCGACUGGGGACUGGAGAUGUUGGACACCAUUGUCCCUUCCCUGCAGGACCUGGGCAGGCAGGUAAUGCCCACGCUGCCCUCACUGAGCCAGGAAGAAGUCUCUACUAUUUGGGAGCAUGUGUCAGAUUUUGUGAAACGGCAGCUAUCCCUGUACAAGGGUGUUCAUAUUCCAGGACUUGGAAUUUUCACUUUCACAAGACAAAAACUUGAAGUGGGAAACAACAAGUUUAUUCUGAUUCUGAGGCCCAUGUUUAUCAUGUCCGAGAAGUUAAUACAAAUCCAUGGACUCAAACAAAACAAAGCAUAUACUCCUGGUGAUAUCCCAAUUGUUCCACUUAAUUUUGUCGUGAUAUCCCUGGAGGGUCCAUUUAAGAGGGAUACAGUGGAAGGAUGUGUGAAGGAGACGUUGCUUUUUUUAUCACGAUCUAUUUCCAUCAAACAAAAUGUGGAGUUUACAUUCAAAGGAAUUGGGGUCCUCGUGAUCAGAUAUGGGAAAGUGAAGAUGAGAUUUUAUAAGGACUUCUUUUGUGCAAUGGAUGGAAGUGGGGCUUUGGCAAAAGCCCUAGCCAAUCGGCCUGGCACUGUGGACUCGGUGUUAUCCAGCAGAGAGAACUUUGGGAAGCAGCCCAGCAGCGCCGUUGCAUUUCCAAGGAUUGAGCUCAAGGAGAUGGAGAACAAACCACCUAUGGAGACCAUUGUAGAAGAAGGUAGAAAGAAUAGACAAAGGAAGAGCAAAUUAAAAGACCCGACAGACCAGGAAGAAGGCGUCAGAGAGAUCGUAUCACCCACGGGACUUCAAGAUAGACAAGCUGUCUCCUCUGCCAAAGUGACUGGCAUGAACUUGCCAAAUAAAUGUGAGCCGAGUGGGAAUAGUGGGAAGAAUGUGAGCCCUGAAAGCUUAUCAUCUCCAGGAUGUCUAAAAAAUGACAAUGAAAUAAAGCCUAAAAUUUCUCCAGCUACUUCUUGCCAGGAUCAUCAUCAGGCAGGCCAGGAGAUGUGUUAUGUCUGUGUGCAACGAGCUCAACGAAAUUCCCCAUUGUUCCUCAGUGAAGAGAGGAGGAGGAAAGAGAAAGAAGACGAGCAGCUCACACAGCAAUAUCAAAUACUGAAAGAUAGAGAAGCUCUCUUCAAAUCCCAGAUGAGAAGCCUGGCUAUUAGACAACAGAAUCAAAAAAAUGCUGCCUAUAAUCUUGGAGUUGCCGACGCUAUGAGAAGCCACAAGAAUGAGAAACCUGAAUUUUAUAAAUCCUUCCUAUUUGAUAAACGGCCAUUCAGUCCUGAGAUUAAUGCUUUAAAGCAAGAGGAAUAUUUACAGAGUCUCCUGAAACAAAUGGAUAAUAGACGGGAAAAGGAAAACAAGCUAAGACAAAACAAAGAAUUGAUGGACCGCCUAGAACAAGUGCAACUCACAGAGGAACUUGCUGCACAAAGAGCCAGAUGUAUAAAAGACAAGAUGGAAGAAAUAGAAUGUUACAAGAGAGCUUUGGAUGCACAGAUAAAGAACAAACACUCACAGCUGCCCAUGUCUGAUCCAGACUCUUUUGAGCCCAUCUUUGAUAAGAAUUGGGCUGAGCUGGUAGAGGAAAAGCGAAAGAGAGAACAGAGUUACAUGAAGCACCAGAUGGAGGCAGCUGCUAACCACAAGAGAAACGCCAUCCUGCGCCAACUGCGGGAGCAGAAGUGGGAUUUGCUGAUGCUUCAGAGGACGAAAGAAGAGCGCUUGGCAGAGAGAAAUGCUGAGCUGGAGCUAGCGAACAGAAUGAAGCAAAGCUUACAGGAGGACUGGGAAAGGAGUGCUGCAAUGAAGAGACAGCGGGACCUGGAGGAGAAGACUUUCCAGCGUGCCUCAGACAAGCUCUUCCUCCUGGACCAGUGUGAGAAGUAUCGACGUUGCAAGCAGUGCCAGAGAUGCACCUCCCACAGGAGUGAGAGCAACCUGUGGCCCCUGAACAAGCACCUGCAUGGCUCCUCCUUGUUUGUGUGAAGUCCAGUUCGGACCUGCGUUUCCUGGGGAAAGUUUUUAUUAUUUUAAUGUUUGGGGGUGAUAGUGAAGCUAUAUAUUUGUACUUUAGAGGAAGAACAUUUAUUGUGUGGUUUUGGUGCUUUUGGGAGAUUGCUUUUUAACCGCUUACUGAAUUUAUGAAGACAGUUUCUCCCCGCGUCUUCCGCCCACCCCUGCAGAACCCUGCCGC